GUUUCAUUAAGAUAUCAAAGUGGCGCCACCACUACCUCAAGUAUGGACAGUGAGGUUCACUGACGACGGCCAAAAAUGUUUCGUGAGGUCACUUGACAACUGCGGUGCGAUAAACAUAUGGAGGGAAGACCGAAGCACGAUGGAUUUCUUCGUGGACAAGCCGCGGGUUGCUCAAGUGGCGUCCAUGCUCCACGAGAGAGGCAUACCAUUCUCUGUCUCUAUCCGAGACGUAGAUGAAUUGAGGUGUCGUGAGCAGGGCUCCUCGAUCACUGUUAACCUCAGCACGACUGAGCGCCCUGGUCACUCGAAGGAUGCACCGUAUUAUUCAGAAAACUCAAUCUACUACGAGUUUCUGCCAGUGGUUCAGUGUUGUUUACCCGUGAAAAUGGAUAUUGCAGGCGGAUGUAUGAACUGGAAAAGCUACCACGGCCUGCGUACGAUUUACAAUUUUCUGGACAAACUCGCUGAGACACACCCAUACUUGUGCAAUACCUGUAUCAUUGGGAAGACUUGCGAAGGAAGAGAUAUCAAGCUCCUGAUGAUAUCAAAUGGUUGCCCUAGCAAUAAAGCCGUCUGGUUAGAUGGAGGUAUCCACGCUCGUGAGUGGGUCAGCGUCGCCGUGGUCACAUACAUCGCUAACGAAAUCGUCCAAAACUUCAAUAAGAUGCCCGAGAGCGUCACAAACAAGGACUGGUAUGUACUUUCAGUGGUAAACCCUGACGGCUACGUGUACACUCACACCACGGAUCGCAUGUGGCGUAAAAAUAGAUCGCAAUACGGACAGUGUGCGGGAGUAGAUCUCAAUAGGAACUUCAGCGUGGGCUGGGGGGAGGCAGGGGAAGACGGUUCAUCUGAAGACCCUGGCAGCAUUUUCUACCGUGGACCAAAGCCUUUCUCGGAGCCAGAGACCGCUGCCAUAAAGAAGGUGAUUCACGACUCUAAAACAGACUUCAGGGCGUUCCUUUCGUUCCACAGCUACGGUGAAGUUAUUAUUUUUCCUUGGGGCUACACUAGCGAUCCAUGUCCGUCCUACGUGGAACUACUUGAGGGAGGCACUGUUAUGGCUCGGGCAAUACACGCUGUGAACGGGCGCACGUAUAAGGUUGGAAGCACUAAGGACAUCAUGUACUACUCAGCGGGAACCAGCGUAGAUUGGAGCUACGGCUCCGCUAAGAUCCCCUACUCCUACAUGAUCGAACUACCAAGCAAGCAACACCGAUUUCUGUUACCCAAAGAUCAGAUCAUCCCCACAGCAAAAGAAGUCUUUUGUGGAGUGAUAGAGUUAAUGCAAUUCAUCGACAGGAGACGUACAGGAAAGUCGCAGUCGGCUACCUCUUGUAGGGCUACAGCCUCUUGCCCGCCUAAACCCUCUAGUAUAAAGCCUGUCUCUUGUUCGACUAAACCCCCUUGUAUUAAGCCUAUCUCUUGUUCGCCUACACCCUCUUUUACUGGGCUUACCUGUCGUUCGCCUAAACCCUCUUGUAAGAAGCUUAUCUCUUCUUCGCCUACACCCUCUUUUACUGGGCUUACCUGUCGUUCGCCUAAACCCUCUUCUAAGAAGCUUAAUAUCUCUUCUUCGCCUACACCCUCUUUUACUGGGCUUCCCUGUUGUUCACCUAAACCCUCACGUAAUAAGCCUAUCUGUUCGCCUACACCCUCUUUUACUGCGCUUAACUCUUGUUCGCCUAUACCCUCUUGUAUUAGGCCUAAUCCCUCUUGUAUUAGGCCUACCUCUUGUUCGCCUAACCCGUCUUGUAUUAGGCCUAAUACAUCUUGUAGGCCUCAUAGCUCUUGUAAUUUAUAGCACAUUUGGUUUUAUUGAGUGCCGGACUAUUUUGAGUUGGAUUGUACGAAUUGUCAUAGAGAUUUUUUUCGUUUU